CUGAUGCAUGUGGAUCUACAGACGAAGUACAUCAAAUACAUCAAUUUUUUACUAUAAAUCGGCUUUAAUUAAGUGAACAUGGACGAAGAGCACACGGCCGGCUACACAGAGCCCUGUGGGGUGUGUUCAGCGGUGGAUUGGGGCAUUUCAGACGAGUGUCAUUUCUACUGCAGGUCCUGUCACAACGUCAUCGAGAGAACCAAAGAGGUUGUGGACCUGAACUUCACUCCCGGCACCACUCGGAUCUCCACCAUUGGCAGAGGAGCCAGAACUAAGAAAAACGAGCGAGGACGCGAGUGGAGGAUCUGUGAAGGCUUCCAGUUCAUCCUGAGAAACCAGGCCGACGCUCUGCUCAGACUGGGAGUCUCGCCUCACUUCAAGGACCAGGUUUUGUGUCAGCUGUGGAGACUCUACCUGCAGAAGAGUCGGCAGGCUUUCACCAACAACCCAGUGAAGAGCUCCAGACUCAAACUGAGAAAUCCAGACUCAGAGUCGGACAGCGCUCCCGAGUCCACCGUCAUAUCGGCCAGCGAGACGGAUGGCGAGGCGAACCAGUCCAGCACGGCCGCCUCUAACACAGACUACUCCAGUGAAUGGUCGCAGUGUUCGGGCUCAAUGGACGCCGACACCUACCUGACGCCUCGGCUGAAGCGUGGCCGCAGUCUGAUGAACCUGAAGAAGACUCUGGCUCUGAUCCACCUGGCUCUGGUCUGGAGCCGCGAGGCGUUGACGCUCAGCGAUCUGCUCAGGUUGGUGAAAGAAGGAUUCGUCCCGUACUGCAACGCUUACGAAGAUCUUCCUGAAGAGAUGAAGCUGGAGGGCAAAGAUGCGCUCAUCUUCAGAGACGAGAGGGAUCCGUCUCACCAGGCGGUGCAUCGAGAGGCUCAGAAUCUGGCUCUGUUCCUGCAGCUUCCUGCUUUUCCUCCAAUCGGCAGGCAGAGUCUGCUGCACCCGGCGAUGCUCAGCCUGCGCUACAUGACCGACGCCAACCUGCCCGACGAGCUCCACCCGUGGAUCUGCAGGCUGAUGGAGCGCGCCGGUAUGGCGGAUCAAACGCUCCACACGUUCAAUCCCCCGGCUCGUUCCAUCUUGCCUCGGUACGACUUGCAGGCCGCUGCACUCAUCAUCGUCACCCUGAAGCUCCUCUUCGGCCUGGACGACCACAGCGAGUGGAUUUUAUCAAAUGAAGUGAACAUUCUGGACAAUAAAGGCGACAUGUUUAACCUGCGGCGGUGGUACCGGCUGCUGCAGGCCGCUCUGCUCCGAGCUCAGCAGAGGAGAGACCAGGAAACCGCCAGGAAGACAUGGAAGGCACAGAAACUGAUAUACAUGAACAAGAAGGACAAAUGGGUAGCGAUGAAGAGGAAAAGAAUAGCAGAGCAGGUGCAGAUCUGUUUCGAGAAGCUGUCCUCUCGGAUGGCGGGCGUCCAGCGCGAUGGUCCGUCCAGCUUCAUAUUCUGCUGGGGGGACGAGGACGGAGCGGACGGACCCAGUCUUCACCAGCAGAAAUUGGAUGGCGUCGUGACCCUGAAAUCAGAAGUCCUGACGCCCUCCAACUCAACAUACUGGCACCCAUCGCUCAGACUCUGCAAAGAAUGGAGGUGCAAGAGUCACUAUAAGGAGGUGGAGCCGACGUUGCCGCGGAUGUUCGUCUGGCUGCUGCAGCUCUUCUCCUUCCUGCUGGACGUUAAGCCGUUCUGCAUGUACGAGGAGGUGCUGACGAUGGAGAGACGAAUCAUCGGACACAAAACACAACGGCACAAACCUUUGAACAGGAAGAGGACCAAGACUUCACCGAAGAUACAGAAGAGAGGGCAAGACAACGAACCGGGGUUAAAAAAAAACCAAAAAAGGAAGAAAACUCAGCUGCAGGAAUAA